AUGUCUGACCCAAGCUCUAUUAAUGGUGGUAUUUGUGUUGCCAUGACUGGUAAAGACUGCGUGGCAAUUGCUUGCGAUUUGCGUCUGGGAAGUCAGUCUCUCGGUGUGUCGAACAAAUUCGAAAAGAUUUUUCCAUUUGGACACGUAUUUUUGGGUUUGACAGGUCUUGCCACCGAUGUUUUGACCCUGUCGGAAGUGUUCAGAUACAAGACCAAUCUUUAUAAAUUACGGGAGGACAGAUACAUCGAACCUCAGACGUUUACACAGCUGGUUUCUAGCACGCUAUAUGAGAAGCGGUUUGGUCCUUACUUCACGGGCCCUAUCGUUGCAGGGAUCAAUUCGAAGACCGGAAAGCCAUACAUUGCAGGCUUUGAUCUUAUAGGAUGCAUCGACGAAGCGAAGGACUUCGUUGUGAGCGGAACCGCGUCGGAACAAUUGUUUGGUAUGUGCGAGUCUCUUUACGAGCCAAACCAGGAAUCCGAAGAUCUGUUCGAGACCAUAAGUCAAGCGCUAUUAAAUUCUGCUGAUCGUGAUGCCCUUUCGGGCUGGGGUGCUGUUGUCUACAUCAUAAAGAAAAACGAAGUUAUCAAGCGUUACUUGAAGACAAGGCAAGAUUAA